UGGCCAGAAACGGCUCUGCUGUUUAACCAGCCAACUGCCCGAGCACACACAGUAUAAAACACGAUUUAACACAGACGGAGGUUUAUACGUGUGCUUAUGUGUGCUUGUAUGUGGUUAUGUGGAGUAAGGAAAGGUUAAAAAGCCACAUUUUAGGCUUUUGUAAACUUACAACCCCCAACGUUUGGUUUAAUGUGUUUUACGCCUUUUUAUCAAACACUAUCAAACGAUUGUCGUUAUGUUACGCCAGGAUGUACAUCUGAGACCCCUCGCGUUUAAAACAUACAUGUAAAAUGUAUAAAAAUGUAUAAAAAACAGCCUAAAGCUGAAGCCCAUGUCCAUCUUGUAUUUGUCGUCCAUGUAAAUCUAGCGCGCAGAUUCGACGCGGCGUUUAAAGGCGGUUUGUUUGGGCAAAAGCAAGCGCAGAGGGGGAUUAUAUAGACGAAUAAUGUGCACAUGUGCUUCUGUAAGUGUGCCGUAUUUCUUUGCAUUUCUUCACGUGAGAUGAGAAUGUGAUGCGGAUUUUGUGUCUCGUGUCGAAUGUGCGGGUGAGUCCGCUGUUGGAGGCUGUGAUAGUGGUGUAUUGUGGGAGAGACAGAAAGCAGAAAGCAGUCUGGAGACACACAAUCGCAGAAAGGAGGCAGACUCUGUAAAACCAUGUAAUGCAAGAAGCGAAAAAAGACGGAAAACGAGCUCACUCGCGUCUCUCAGCCUUUCACCUUCAAAACGAACUCGAAGAUAAUGUCCCGAUCAGGAGAAAGAAGCAGGGUGAAUGAGGAGCACGGCAGAAGGAGUUCCACUUUGCCCAACGGCAUGGAGAACAGUUCAGGAGAGAAGCGCAGUCACCACUGGAGGAGUUACAAGUUGAUCAUUGACCCUGCUCUCCGCAAAGGAUCCCACAAGCUUUACCGAUACGAUGGACAGCACUUUAGUUCACCGAAUCCCGGCAUUCCCCCAGUGGACAUGGUCAGAGACCCCAGGAUCGGUCGCCUUUGGACGAAAUAUAAGGAGACAGACCUGCCGGUGCCCAAAUUUAAGAUCGACGAGUGCUACAUCGGCCGUGUUCCUCCAAAGGAGGUCACCUUUGCCAGGCUGAACGACAACAUCAGAGAGGGCUUCCUCAUGGACAUGUGCAAAAAGUUUGGAGAGAUUGAGGAGGUGGAGAUUUUGUACAACCCCAAGAACAAGAAGCACCUGGGAAUAGCCAAAGUGGUGUUCGGGUCGGUGCGGGCCGCCAAGGACGCCGUGCAAAACCUCCACAACACCUCUGUCAUGGGCAACAUCAUCCACGUGGAGCUGGACCCUAAAGGGGAGAACCGGCUGCGGUAUUUCGAGCGCCUGGUUAACGGCAGCUUCACGCCGCUCACGCUGCCGGUGGGCGAGGAGCCGUGCGAGGUGUCUCCGCGCAGCCUGGCCGAAGCUCUACUGGCGUGUGAGCCCUUGCGGAGGCUCUCUGAGGGCAGUUCCUCGGCGGUGGGGGGACCCGUAACGCCGGGCAGCACCAGCACGCCCCUGAGUCUGGACACAGCGUACUCCAGCCUGAGGCAGGACACACCCCAGUCUCAGGGAACACCCCACACCCCGCGCCCCGCUGGAACACCGUUCUCUCAGGACUCCACCUACUCCAGCAGGCAGGGCACUCCAGCGUUCCAGCCAAACCGCGCCGAGGGGUCAGGGGGGUACAAGUCCAGACGGCACGAGACCAAAUUUCAGGACGCUUAUAACCGCAGACCGGAGAGGCACUACGUUCACGGAGUGGGUGGGGCUUAUCGCGGCAAUGCGGAGCAGCAAAGCAGCUUUAAACAGCACCAGCCACCUGAACCGCCUUCACCUGCAUUUUCUAACACACCCCCUCCACCAGUCACGCCAAGCUUCAAACCCGCCACCUUCCAGCCCUACCAGCCCCCCUUACCCCCAGUGUACCCCCACACAGAACCCCCCGUAUACCCCCCUCAGCCCCCACAGAGAGAGCUGGACUACAGGCGGCCGCCGCAGGCUCCGUUACCCACACCCCCUGACUACAUGACGGUCAGGGAGCGCCCCGAGACCCCGCCCAUACCCGAGCCGCCCCCGGAGCCAACCACACCGCCCUCCGCCUGCACCCCGCCCGCAGGCACGCCUGAAACGUGCCCCUCCCCCGCCCCGGAGGCAGAGCGGAACAGCCUGGACUCCAGAAUUGAGAUGCUGCUGAAGGAGAAGCGGACAAAGCUCCGUUUCCUGAGCGAUCGCGGCGAUUCGGACGGAGAGGUGCGGAUGGAAGGAAGCCCCAUCUCCUCCUCCUCGUCUCAGCUUUCCCCUAUUCCCCCCUGCCCGCCCCAGCGUCCCUCACGGCCACCCAGCACUGGCUUGGAGGACAUCAGCCCCACCCCGCUGCCCGACUCUGACGAUGACGAGCCCAUUGCCGGCACCGCCAAGCUGAUGCUCCACCCCCAGAGCACAUCACCGCAAAACGCACAUGGCCAGAGCAUGACAGGGGGGCCACGGACCCCCACUGAAAAACCAGACUCGGGCGGCCAGUCAUCGGGGGAGGAUAUGGAAAUCUCUGAUGAUGAGAUGCCAGGCACCCCGAUCUCCGGCAGCGACUGUGCGAAGGGCAUCGUGGUGAACUCUGCCGUGUCCCCAUUGGCUCCGCAGGCCAUGGGCAUCCCGCCCCCUGGGUUCCCCCCUCUGCCCCACCACCCUCAGGCUGGGUACGCCCUGCCCCCCCACCAUUUACCCCCCCACUCCACCGUCCCAGCUCCGCCCCCUCCUCACCUGACGGCCCACCCGCUGCUGCACCCGCUCCACCCUUAUCCGCCAGGCAUGGUGCACAUGGUGCCGGUGGACCUGAUGAGCUGCCUGCCACAGUGGGGCAGCGUCCACAUGUCUUUCCAGAUGCAGACGCAGAUGCUGAGCCGGAUGGCGCAGAGCCAGCGCCCGUACCCGUACCCCCACUACCUGAGCAGUGCCACCGCUGCAGGCGCCACCGCCGGGGCCAUGCAGUUUGGGGGUCCGUACCCGCAUCUAUCUCUGGUGGGUGCCCCCUCGGGCACGGUGGGGCAUGGCCAGCACUGGCCUUUACCAAGCAUGCCCAAGUUUAACCCUACUGUGCCCCCGCCCGGGUACGAGACGCAGAAGGAGGACCCCCAUAAAGCCACGGUGGAUGGGGUCCUGAUGGUAAUUGUCAAAGAGCUGAAGGCCAUCAUGAAGCGAGACCUCAACCGCAAGAUGGUGGAGGUGGUGGCCUUCAGGGCUUUUGAUGAAUGGUGGGAGAAGAAGGAACGUUCGGCUAAGGCUACCUCCACCCCUGUGAAGCCCGGCGAGGGUAAAGAGGAGGAGAAGGAGCGAGCGAAGCCGAAGGAGACGUUAUCGUCCAGUCUGCUGGAGAACUGGAGUAAAGGCGAAGGUCUGGGCUACGAGGGCAUGGGCCUGGGCAUCGGGCUGCGCGGCGCCAUCCGCCUGCCUUCCUUCAAGGUGAAGCGGAAAGAGCCUCCUGACCCCACCUCCACUGCAGAGAACAAACGAGCACGACCAUCCACUCCUGUAGAUGAUGAGCUGGAAGAUGAAGAGUCGGAACGAACUGAGCUGCCAGCAGAUGGCACCAGACUGGAUGCUGAAAACUCCUCUGCGAAGCGCCGGCACGCCAGACCGGUGGAGCUGGACAGCGAAGGAGAGGAAGAAGAGGAGGAGGAGGAGGAGGAGGAGACGUCUGGCAGGGAAGAGUCGUCUCUGUCCGAUCGAGAGGAACCUGAUGCAGAAACAUCAGAGAGGCUUUCGUCAGGCAAGGAGGCAGGCGAUGAUGACGAUGAUGAAGAGGACAGUGAGUCUGAGGCCAGUUCUUCUUCUGACUCGUCUGAUGACGAGCCGGGCAGUUCUUCCUCCUCUGAAUCCGACUCUGACUCGUCUGCGUCUGAGAGCUCCUCCGAGUACGACUCUAGCUCGGAGGAGGAGCGCGAGGAGGAGGAGGAAGAGGAAGAGGAGGUUGCCAUGGAGAUGGUUGAAGAGGCGGAAGCGCGGACGUCCUCGUCUUCCUCAUCUUCGCCCUCAUCAUCGUCCAAUGAGGAGGAGGAGUCUGAGCUGAAAGCCCCAGGAACCCCACCGGCGCCCCCGCUAGAGGAGGAGUGCGAGUCCGGCCGGCUGGAGGCGGAGGAGGCUGCGCGAUCGGUUAGAGCGGCUAUGGAUGACCUUCGACCUCCGUCGCCGAAAGGACUGCCAGUAGAGGAACCGGAUAUAGACUUGGACGUUCCGAAGGUGGAGGCGUCUCUGGAGGAUGUGGGCGUUCUGCGGCCCCCCACCCCGACAGGUUCUCUGGCCGACAGUGACUUAGAUGUCCGGCCGAAGAGCCAAUCUGAAGAGGAGGUCCCACGGACCCCCGGGCGUGAUGGCCCCGCCCCCUCAGAGCUGGACACCAGCAGCCAGAUCUCCUCCUCAGGUCAGUCUGUCCACCUCGCUUUGCCCCCUGGUCACGCCCUCCUGCCCCCGCCUCCCGACUCUUGCAGCCGACAGCGGCUGCAGACGGACGAGGAGGUCCCGCGCACGCCGGGCCGCGACCUGCGGAAGACUCAAAGCACCGAGACGGCCCCUGAAACGCCCGGUGGCGACGCCCCCCUCACAGGUAACAGCUUGGCUCUCAGCUUGGCACUCAGCUCCCCCCACGUCCCCGGCAGCCCCUUCUCUUACCCUGCCCAGUCCCCCGUCCUCAGUGCUGGCAUCCCACGGACGCCGGGCAGGGACCUGACCUUCGCCCCCGUGUUCCCUGACCCUGCUGUCCCCGCCGGCCCCCCACACAGGAAGGCAUCAUCUGAGAGUCUAGAGGAGAAACCUGUGUUCAAAGAGCCGGUGUUUAAAGAGCCGCCGCUCAGCACUAACCUACCUAGCACUGCUGCUUCACCCCCGCUCCCCGCCGCUGCUACUGCCGCUGCUGCUGCCUCCCAGGAGCUUCCCGCAGCCCCCCAAACCUCGCCGGCCCCCUCUAUAGAAGGCUCUGCCCCUACCGUGCCCCCCGAUCUUCCUGUCCCACUCAUAGAGCUUCCUGUGCCCCUAGAUGUCACUCCAAGCAAGAAGAAACAGGCACGGGCCAAAGCUAAAAAGCCCUCAGCAGCUCUCAGUCCAGAAGAUACUCCUCUAGAGCCACCUCCAGUGACCCCCACGCUGCCCUCGCUGCCUCCAGAGCCUGCAGUGAGGGACCUGUUUCCUGAUCGGCCCAGUGAUGCCACUGGGAGACAGGACGCAGAGUCCCGGCCGCCAGAGCCGGAGGACGAUGAUCUGGAUGACGUAGGUCAGACGGUUCUGCUGUCCAGCCCAGGAGUCCACGACGACCUGCUGUUUGAGGAACCGGUGCAGAAGACCCGACGUCAGCGGCGUAGCUGGGAGGAGCUCCUGCUCUCCAUGCACUCCCCUGCCGCCUCACCGCCACGGCCCAGCUACCUGCCCCGCACUGAAUUUGAGGAAAUGACCAUCCUCUACGACAUCUGGAACGAGGGCAUCGAUGAGGAGGACAUCCGCUACCUAAAAAUCACCUACGACAAACUGCUGCAGCAGGACAACGGCAACGACUGGCUCAACGACACGCUGUGGGUCCAUCACCCUCCCACCAGCGGAGGCAGUCUGCCCGGCAUGAAGAAGAAGCGGCGUGAGGACGGCAUGCGGGAUCAUGUGACUGGCUGUGCCCGCAGCGAGGGCUACUACAAAAUCGACAAGAAGGACAAAGUGAAGUAUCUGAACAGCACGCGGCUGCAGUUCGACGAGCCCGACAAGGACACACAGGGGAGGAGCAUUCCUGCCCAGCCGCACGCCUCCACCAGAGCCGGAUCAGAGAGACGGUCAGAACAGCGCCGCUUGCUGUCCUCCUUCAGCUGCGACAGCGACCUGCUCAAAUUCAACCAGCUUAAAUUCCGUAAGAAGAAGAUCCGCUUCUGUAAGAGUCACAUCCAUGACUGGGGUCUGUUCGCCAUGGAGCCCAUCGCUGCUGAUGAGAUGGUUAUUGAAUACGUGGGUCAGAAUAUCAGACAGGUGAUCGCUGAUAUGAGAGAGAAGCGAUACGAGGAGGAGGGAAUCGGGAGCAGCUACAUGUUCCGUGUGGAUCACGACACCAUCAUCGACGCCACCAAGUGUGGAAACUUCGCUCGAUUCAUCAACCACAGCUGCAACCCGAACUGCUACGCCAAGGUCAUCACUGUGGAGUCGCAGAAGAAGAUCGUCAUCUACUCCCGACAGCCGAUUAAUGUGAACGAGGAGAUCACGUACGAUUACAAAUUCCCAAUCGAGGACGAGAAGAUUCCGUGUCUGUGCGGAGCGGAGAACUGCCGGGGAACAUUGAACUAGCCUGGAGGAACAGCGGCGCGGUCAGAGUGCCCAGACAGGCGGGCAAACUGCAGAAACUGCUGCCCUGAGGAGCAGCCACCCCCCUACCUUCCCACCCCCCACUCCCUUACCUGCCGGAGUGCUGAGGGCUCUUUAAUAAACACGUCUGAUGAUUGUUUACGAUUUACAGGUGCUCUUUCAACCACGUUAGGAUGAAUUUUUCUACCACUCUUCCAUUCAGCUUUGUAUGGAGAAAGAAAAAGACUGUAGCCCCGCCCCCUGCCACCCCCCACUGUAGCAUCUAGGUUACUGGACACCCCCAGUUUUCUCCACUAAACCCCCGUCCCAUUUCUCUAUGUCCAAGCGCACAAAAGGCCUCUGCUGCACACCCGCACAGGGAGAACCAGGGCUUCACAGUAAUAAUCCAGCUCACUUCCUCUUCAUUAAGUGUUCGGUGGGUUUGUUUCACCGCUCGGCCCACUUUUCCCUCUAAUUACGGUUUUAUUUUCAUGCUGUUUGUCUGAAAGGACUCUCUUUUACACCGAGAGCUUAAAUCUCAUCAUAUGUGUAAAAAUAUUAUUGUGCAGUCCACCUGUGUGGCAACUAAACAGAGGUUCAGGUAAAUUUGCUCUUCUGCUCGUGGUCACACCUCACUGCUGUUUCUACCGCUGACUGCUUGUUGGAGUGAGUUCGCUGCCCCCUGCGGGCCGUACACUGUAACUGCAGCCUUCAGGAUAGCAGUACAGCCCUGAAAGGGGAACUCAACCAUUUUUUUUUUCACAUUUUUGCAUAUGUGAAAUGGUUGAUUGUAGAGACUCAGUGUUCUUUCCAGUGGUGGUGAUGGGAACCAGGGGUCACC